UAUUAUUUUCCCCAAAAUUCCUUUUCGCAUUCCAUUCACUCUGUUUAAAAAAACUGCACAUUAUUGAAUGUAUAGCAGAAUUCUAACAAACAGAAGAGGGUAAAUCGCUCUGUGGUGUGCUAGUGAUGAAAUGGAUAAACAGCCGGGGGCUAUGGGGACGAGUGCCGGUUUAGCUUUGAGAUUAGGACAGGCUACUUUCUCUGUCAGUUCGCUUCUUUUCAUGUGUUUUGGUGUUUCUUUCUUCAGCUACAGCUACGCUCCCUUCUGCUUCUUAGUGACAACCAUGGGUUUGAUAACGCCAUGGAGCUUGGGAUUGGCAAUGAUUGAUACAUUUUUAGUGUUGGCUAAACGUCCAUCUAAUCAGCGGAGAGUAUUGUCAGCUGUUGUUUUAGGAGAUUGGGUCCUUUCGGUACUGUCACUUGCCGUGUCGUGUUCCACAGCUAGUGUGGCUGAUUUCCUAAUUGCUUCUGGUAAUGUAUACUGCAGAGACAAUAUAUGCCUACGAUAUCAACUCUCUGCUGCCAUGGCUUUCUUGACUUGGAUUUUGUCAUCGGCGUCUUUGCUCUUCAAUCUUUGGCUUCUUCCUACCUUAUAUUAGUUGUGUGUAUCUCUGGUCCUGGACCCCUCCUGGUUGUCUCUUGAUUUAACGAAUAGGGAGUAA